GCCGUGUUAAGAGAUAACCAGGACGGUGGCGCAUGCAGGGGAAACUCAUCAUCAUCAUCAUCAUGAUUCCAACAACAAGCCACGGCGGCCGCCGGAUGCUAAUAACAGCAGCUUUGUUCAUCGCCGUCGCUCUGAUCUCCCUUGACGCCGCUUCUGCUCAGCCCGCCACUCAUUACUACGAGUUCAUUCUGAAGGAGUCCAACUUCACGAAGCUGUGCAGCACCAAGGCGAUGAUCAGCGUCAACGGAUCGUUUCCCGGUCCAACCAUCACGGUCCGGAGAGGGGAUACCGCCUACGUCAACGUCCACAACCACGGCGAGCAUGGCGUCACCCUUCACUGGCAUGGGGUGAAGCAGCCGAGGAACCCGUGGUCGGACGGGCCGGAAAACAUCACCCAGUGCCCGAUUCAGCCCGGGAACAACUUCACGUACGAGGUUGUCUUCUCCGACGAAGAAGGGACGCUGUGGUGGCACGCCCACAGCGAGUGGACCCGAGCCACCGUCCACGGCGCCAUCGUCGUCUUGCCGGCUCAGGGAAAGACUUACCCUUUCCCGGCUCCUUAUGCUGACCAAACCAUUGUCCUCGCCUCAUGGUUCAAGGGCGACGUAAAAACCAUAAUCGACGACGCGCUCUCAACGGGGGGCGACCCACGCGCCUCCGACGCCUUCACCAUCAACGGCGAGCCGGGCGACCUCUACCCCUGCUCAAAACAAACCACCACCCGCAUCACCGUCAACUCCGGUCAAACCUACCUCCUCCGCCUCAUCAACGCCGUGAUGAACGAGGAGCACUUCUUCGGCAUCGCCAACCACACCCUCACCGUCGUCGGCCGCGACGGCUCCUACACCAAACCUUACCCCACCCCUUUCGUCGUCAUCUCUCCCGGUCAAACCAUGGACGUCCUCGUCACCGCCAACAUGACGGUCAGCCACUACUACGUCGUCUCCACGCCGUUCGAAGACGGCGACGUGCCGUUCGACAAGACCACCGCUACGGCCAUCAUGCAGUACUCGGGGGUGUACCCUCCUCCGUCGGCGGUCCCGUACCCGGUGCUGCCGGCGUACGACGACAGCGCCGCGGCGGAGGGGUUUGUUGCCGGGCUGAGGAGCUUGGCGAGCGAAGAGCAUCCCGUAAAUGUGCCCAAGGAUGUGAAGAAGAGGUUUGUGAUCGCGAUCGCGUUGAACGCGCUGCCGUGUGCUAAUGCGUCGUGCGAUGGGCCCGAUGGGAAUCGGAUGGCGGCCAGCUUGAACAAUGUGAGCUUUGUUAGCAGGAGCGUUGACAUUCUCGAUGCCUACUACAGCAACCAGAACGGGAUAUUCAACCAGGAUUUCCCAAGCGAGCCGCUGACCUACUUCAACUUCACCGGAAACAACGCGGGCGUCUCCGGCGCCACCGCGAGGGGCACGAGGGCCAUGAUGGUGGAGUACGGCGACACCGUGGAGAUCGUGUUGCAAGGGACCAGCCUCGGCGCCGCUCAGAAUCACCCCAUCCAUUACCACGGCUACAACUUCUUCCUCGUCGGCGCCGGCAAGGGAAACUUCGACGUCAAGACUCACCCCGGAUCCUACAACUUGGUCGACCCGCUGGAGGUCAACACCAUCGGCGUACCCAAGAACGGCUGGGCCGCCUUCAGGUUCCUGGCCAAUAAUCCUGGGGUUUGGUUUAUGCACUGCCACCUGGAGCGACAUGCGACGUGGGGGAUGGAAACCGUCGUUAUCGUGAAGAACGGGAAUUCGACCGACGCCAGAAUCCGUCCCCGCCCGGACCAUAUGCCGCUCUGCAGCGCUUCAUGAAGGAAAAGAGGGCAGGAAAAGUUCAUAUACUAAAGUUUGAAAUCUAAUAUAGGUAGCUUAUGAGCAUACACAUAUUUGAAAGAGAGGAGGGUGAAUUACUGGACUAAUAUUUGGGUUAUGCUUCGAUGCAUUAGUGUGUCGUUUUGCACCUACUACGUUUAAAGUAUCAGAAUAAGAGGAUUCAUUUGAUUUUGAGCUUAUGUACUUGUGUUUACCAUUUGGUUAUAUUAUAUAUGGCCUGCUUGCUUAUGGGUUGUUAUUUACUUAUACACCAACACUUGAAUGAAAUGUAGUUCCAAAAUACGUUCUUAGUAUGUUUCGUAUCGUUAUUUUAUCGUGUUGUGGAAUUUGAAACAAAAUUGUGCCCUUAUAUUAGCUAUAGAGAUAGGGGUUAUAGUUUAUUUAAUAAUCCACAUUUGAUAUCAUGAGAAAUAGUUAAAGUUUAUUUGAUAAGUAUUAGUUGAAGGUUGGGAUGCCCUUAGCAUCCCGUUUCUCCACCAAAAAAAAAAGUUGAUUUGAU